GUAUAAUACUGUUAUUUAAUUUUUAUUACUAUUUGUGUUAGACGCGUCAUUAUGGAGAGGAUGAGUAAAAGGUAUAGCACAGUAACUUUGUAUUUAUCAAUGGCAUCUCAGGAAAAUGAGAAUGUUGAUGAUGAAUUGAGUCAAGCUCAGAAAUAUUUGAGGAUGUUAAAAUCACGUAUUUCUGAACAAUCUAAGAAGAAUUUUGUUCUUGAGCGUGAUGUUCGUUAUCUUGAUUCUCGUAUUGCUCUUCUUAUACAGAAUCGUAUGGCAUUGGAUGAGCAAAGUGAAAUGGUUAGUCAACUUGAUUCUUCAGAACUUCAAAGAGGUGUAUUUCCUGAUGACCGGAAAUUACAGCAAUAUGGGAAUCUGUUUUUUCUUCUUCAAACAGAACCCCGUCAUAUAGCGACACUUUGCAGGCUUGUUAGUCUUUCUGAGAUCGAUGCUCUUCUUCAGACAGUUAUGUUUACUAUUUAUGGAAAUCAAUAUGAGAGUCGUGAAGAACAUCUUCUUCUUACGAUGUUUCAGUCAGUGCUUUCUUCUGAAUUUGAUCAUGCUACUGAAUUUGUUUCACUCCUUCGUGCUAAUACUCCUAUUUCACGUAUGAUGACUACUUAUACACGGCGUGGACCUGGUCAAUCAUAUCUUAAAUCUGUUCUUUCUGAGCGUAUUAAAUAUCUUUAUGAACAUAAUGAACUUGAUUUGGAAAUUAAUUCUUUAAAAGUUUAUGAUCAGAUGGUUUUGAAAAUUGAAUCUGAUACUGGUUAUCUUCCUGAUAAUCUUGAACGUAGCGUAACAUAUGAGGUUGCUGCAGCUAAUGAAGCUGUUACCGCUAUUAUUGGUCCUCGUAUAUCUAUGCUUAUGGAGAUUGCUGAUUCUUUUUUAACUGUUAUAAUUAAUUCUAUUGAUAUUGUUCCAUAUGGCAUACGUUGGAUUUGUAAACAAAUUCGUAAUCUCACUAAGCGAAAAUAUCCUGACUCUUCUGAUUAUUCUAUAUGUUCUCUUAUAGGCGGUUUUUUUUUCUUACGUUUUGUAAAUCCUGCAAUUGUCAUGCCACAUGCAUAUAUGCUUAUUGAUGGUUCUCCUGGAGAAUAUCUUCGACGAACAUUAACUCUUAUCGCAAAAAUGCUUCAGAAUCUUGCAAACAAACCUAGUUAUUCUAAAGAACCAUAUAUGAUGUCUUUGUCUUCUUUUAUUAAUUCAAAUAAGUUGCGGGUAAAUAAGUUUUUAAAUGAUUUAUGCGAGGUAGGCGAUUUUUAUGAAACUUUAGAGAUGGAUCAAUAUGUUGUACUUUCGAAAAAAGGGUUGUCUUUGCAUAUUACUGUUAAUGAAAUGUAUAGUACCCAUAGUCUUUUAGAAAAGCAUCUUGAUAUUUUGGCUCCUGAAUUGGAUUCUCAUUUACGGAUCUUAAUAGACAAAUUAGGGCCUGCUCCUACUCUUUUGUCUAGGUCUGAAAAUAGAACUAUUGAGUUGCCCUUAUAUAGUAAAUGGCAAAAGUCUAUUACAAAUUUAAAUGAAUCAUUAGAUAUUAAUCAAGCGGAUAUCCUUUUUAUGGAAGCAAAAUCUGUCUUUGUGCAAAUUAUUCGGUCGUUUCCUCAAAAUUCAAAGGUUACUAAACCUCCUUUAAAUUUAUUAUUAAUAGCAAGUACUGCUGCCACAUUUAAGGAUACGCUUUUAGUACGUAAAGGAAUAAAAGCUAUAGAAUAUUUGAAAGAAUUAUCUGAGCUAAAACUUAUUGAUCCUAAUGAUUUUUAUAAUCCUUUAGCAAAAGAAGUGGAGCAAGAGAUUGCUCAUCUCGGGUCUCUUUAUGAAGAAGUUCUACAUGAAAUAGAAUCUUUGGAGUCUGUUUAUAAAACAAUAGAAGAUCACAAUGAGUAUUUACGUAGUCAAUUGGAACAAUAUAAGUCGUAUUUAUAUAAUGUGCGGAUACACUCUGUUGGUGGGAAAGAAAGGAAACGAAAGAAACAGCAAGUAUUGGGGCCAUAUAAGUAUACACAUUUUCAACUUGAAAAAGAGUUGGUAAUAGCAGAAAGUAAUGUUCCUGAUGAUAGAAGAGCAAAUAUUUAUUUUACCAUUACUUCUCCUCUUCCUGGAACGUUUGUUAUAUCUUUACAUUAUAAAGGGCGGGACAGAGGAUUAUUGGAACUAGAUUUAAAACUGGACGAUCUUCUUGAAAUGCAGCAAAGUAAUGUGCAAUAUUUGGAUCUUGAGUAUGUUCAAUUCAAUGUUUCAAAAAUAUUGCAGUUAGUGAAUCGGCAAUUUUCUAGAAAGAAAUAAUUUUUGGAUUCCUAGUUCAAUGAUUUUUAAUUUGCUUCUUAUAUA